AUGCUGCGAUCGUGGGUUAGAAAUGGCUAUAAUAGCUUCAUUCAUCGACGACUGUAUGAGAACUGCAUGCCUACAUGCGUCCAGGACGCCUUCACAACUCUUGCGGCCUACGCUGGCUGUACCCCAGCGGUGAAGGAGACCAUACUGCAGAUAGUCGAGGAGCGCUUGUCUGUACUUGUCCGCCAGAGUCCUCCCACUGACAGCCGUGCACAUGGUAUUCUAGACCACCUGAGCCGUGUUCAGGCGCUAUUUAUCUACGAGUUCAUAGCGCUUUUUGAUGGCUCCGUGCGUCUGCGCGCAACUGCUGAGAAACAUAUCCCAACUCUUCGACAGUGGAUAACCCAGAUGUGGGAGGCAGUAAAAUCAAAUCGUGGGAAAGACUGUCCCUGGGACAACUCUCCCCUUCAAUGGACGGCAAGUGAGUUCGACAAGGAAUAUGAUGUCUGUUCAGCGAUGUGGCGGCAAUGGGUUUUGACCGAAAGUGUCCGGCGCUCGCGUCUAAUCAUUGACUCUGUCAUGAACGUAUACGAAACCACGACUAAGGGAUGGCUUGAUUGUACUGGAAGUGUUAUGUUUACUUCGCGCCGUGGCUUGUGGGACGCUGAAUCUGCAAUGAACUGGUUUGAACUAUGCCGUCUGAAACCCCCACUGCUAGUGGAUUCCGUGCAGCCUGGAGCUUUGAUGUCACAGUAUCCAGCCGAGGAGCUAGACGAUUUAGCAAAGUUGUACUGGACAUUCAUAGCCCUAUUGGAUGCAUUCCACAAUCGCGGCUAUAGGCAUAUAGACACCGCGAGUAAUUAUGACGGCUCUGAGAAACGCCUUGGCCUGGCUGGAGCUGCCUCUCGCUUCAUCAUCCAUUCAAAAGUCCGCGGUCAGGGUCCCGGGGACCUCGAACCUUCGAAAAUUCAUUUAAGCAUUAGACAAUCGCUCGAUGCCCUCAAGACUUCCGCUGUGGAGACAAUGUUUCUACAUGCGCCUGAUCGGCAAACACCCUUCGAAGACACAGCAAAAGCAAUGAACGACGGUUUCCAACAAGGAAAGUUCAAGAAAUUCGGAUUGUCGAACUACUCUGCUGCGGAAGUGAAGAAGUUUGUCGAUAUUUGCGAAGAAAAGGGAUUCAUCAAACCCAACGUGUAUCAAGGACACUAUAACGCGAUUGUGAGAGGAGGCGAGAAGGAGCUAUUUCCACUGCUGCGUAAACAUAACAUCGCCUUUUUCGCCUAUAGUCCUGCAGCGGGUGGCCUUUUCUCAGGUGGUGCUAACACCGCGGCAAGAUGGAGUACCGAUAAUCCUAUCGGGAAGCUGUACACUGCCCUUUACAGUCAAACUGCCCUCCAGGCCUCCGCCGUUGUUCGAGAAGUUGCUGAGAAACAUGGUAUCAGCGGACAUGCGGCUGCCCUGCGAUGGACUGCGUUCCAUAGUGCCUUGGAUGGAAAGUACGGUGAUGGGGUGAUCUUUGCGGUUUCCAAUAUGGAGCAGCUCCACAAGACUCUUGACGCACUUGAGGCUGGACCCCUCCCUGCCGAGCUCGCUGAGGCUAUUACAGCCAUCUACGCUACGGUUGAGGGCGCAGAACCACCAUACCAUCUCUAG